GCCUGAACCAGACGCUCUACCCCCUCUUUCUCAUUUUCAAAAUCCUAUAUCUGUCCCCGCCAUUCGAAACGGCGGAAAAGGAAUUUCCAAAUCCCUUCUCUUUCUCUCUCUUUGUACCUGCAUCAAUCCACUCCAAAGUGUAUCAAUCAAGUACAUUAUACAUACGGGACGAAGAUAGCUAGAAAAACCCUAGUUAGUUGAAUUUCGGGGGGAAAAUGCCGAGGGAAAUCAUAACGCUGCAGGUGGGGCAAUGCGGGAACCAGAUCGGAAUGGAGUUCUGGAAGCAGCUCUGCCUCGAGCACGGCAUCAGCAAAGAAGGCAUUCUCGAAGAUUUUGCUACUCAGGGAGGCGACAGGAAAGAUGUGUUUUUCUAUCAAGCAGACGAUCAACAUUAUAUUCCACGAGCUUUGCUUAUGGAUCUGGAGCCUAGGGUGAUUAAUGGCAUACAAAACAGUGAAUACAGGAACCUUUACAAUCAUGAGAAUGUAUUUAUCGCGGAUCAUGGAGGGGGUGCUGGGAACAAUUGGGCAAGUGGAUACCAUCAGGGUAAGCAAUAUGAGGAGGAUCUAAUGGACAUGAUUGAUAGAGAGGCUGAUGGCAGUGAUAGUCUCGAAGGUUUUGUUCUCUGCCAUUCGAUUGCUGGGGGAACAGGCUCAGGUAUGGGUUCUUAUCUGUUGGAGACUCUGAAUGACCGCUAUAGCAAAAAACUUGUUCAGACCUACAGUGUCUUUCCUAACCAAAAUGAGACUAGUGACGUGGUGGUUCAGCCAUACAACUCUCUUCUAACUCUCAAACGAUUGACCUUGAAUGCUGACUGUGUGGUUGUUCUCGAUAAUACUGCGCUUAACAGAAUUGCUGUAGAGAGGCUUCAUAUUACAACUCCCACUUUUGCGCAAACAAAUUCCCUAGUUUCUACUGUCAUGUCAGCAAGCACAACCACCUUACGGUAUCCAGGAUACAUGAACAAUGACUUGGUAGGCCUGCUUGCUUCUUUGAUCCCUACUCCUCGAUGCCACUUUCUGAUGACAGGAUAUACCCCACUUACAGUGGAACGCCAGGCCAAUGUUAUUAGGAAAACAACUGUACUUGACGUGAUGAGAAGACUUCUUCAGACGAAAAAUAUAAUGGUUUCAUCUUGUGCCCGUACCAAAGAAGCGAGCCAGGCAAAAUACAUAUCAAUUUUAAACAUUAUUCAGGGAGAAGUGGAUCCCACUCAGGUCCAUGAAAGUCUACAGAGAAUACGCGAGAGAAAGCUUGUUAAUUUUAUCGAGUGGGGCCCUGCUAGCAUUCAGGUUGCUUUGUCGAGAAAGUCUCCUUAUGUUCAGACAGCCCAUAGAGUUAGUGGUCUCAUGCUUGCCAGUCAUACUGGCAUCCGCCACUUAUUCUCCAAAUGUUUGAGUCAGUAUGAGAAGCUGCGAAAGAGACAAGCUUUUCUUGAUAAUUACAGAAAUCAUCCAAUGUUUGCUGAUAAUGAUCUCUCCGAAUUUGAUGAAUCUAGAGACAUAAUUGAGAGUCUUGUGGAUGAGUACAAGGCUUGUGAGUCCCCCGAUUACAUCAAGUGGGGAAUGGAGGAUCCUGAUCAUAUCCUAUCAGGAGAAGGAAACGCAACGGGGACAGUGGACCCCAAAUUAGCAGUUUGACUUAACCUAUUUUGUUCAACCCUUUACUUUUUGUGCACUUAUAUUUCAUCCUAUGCUAGUCUCUGGCUUGUUCUUUUGCAGAUUGCUCUAGCGCCUGCAAAUAGUUGUAGUUUUUGUGGCUGCUUGUUUUCUUCAGGUUUGUGUGAGAUAAUAAAUCAUCUUGAUGCCUACGUGUGAAUAUUCUUGGAUCCACCUUGGUUCUAUGUACUCCAGGGUUUCUCUGAAUUAUUUUUGCGUGCAAAUAGUGUUCUUGUUUUAUUUAGGGUUAAUUAUACUUA